AUGCAGUGUAGGCCAGCUGAUAGUCUGGGCCAGGAGGAGCUGACACUGGUGCAGCAGGGCAGGGAGGCUUUGCACACGGCACUCGCCAUCCUAGACGACCCACGAGGAUGGAGGACCGAGAUUGCACAGGACGAUGGCGUGGUUGUUUACAGCAAGGUGUUGCCGGGGGCGAAGAAAGUGUUCCGGAUGGAGGCGGAGCUUGAGGCUAGUCCUGAGGAGCUGCAUGACAUCCUGUUUGCCCGGGUGGAGGACAUGAACGCAUGGAACCCCAGCAUCAGCGGAAUCAGAAUCCUGCGGCAGAUCGACACGGACACCAUGGUGACUCACGAGGUCUCCGCAGAGACGGCGGGCAACCUGAUUGGUCAGCGGGACUUCCUGAGCGUCCGCUACUGCAGCCGAGAGGACGAGCGCGUAUACCUGUCCGGAGCGCCCACCUUGAUGGACUCCAUGCCUCCACAGAGAGGGUUCGUCAGGGCUGAGGAUGGGCCGACAUGCAUUAUUCUAGAGCCCAGUGACAAUGACACCCGGAAGAGUCGUAUGAUUUGGCUUCUCAACAUGGAUGUCAAGGGCUGGCUGCCAACGUCUCUGGUCAACCAGGCGCUGCCCCAGGCCCAGGUGGACUUCACGCGGCACCUGCGUCGGCGCCUGGCCGAGUCCUCCGAUCCGCGCUGGGAGCGCCACCGCGACAACGUCCCCCGAGACGGCAACGGUGCCAUGCCGGGGCUGAUGCGAGGCUCGACGGGGCGCUUCGGAGGAGACGACAACGCCUCUAAUGGAAUCCCCAGGGUGCCAUUAUCAUCAUCUUCAUCCUCCACUUCCUCCUCCUUAUCUUCCUCCUUCAGAAUGUCUGGAAGAGUGCCACACAGACCUGCUGGUGGCGUGCGCCUCUCCUCCUCUUGCGCCUCCUUCUCCUACAUGUGUCCUCAUGCGGCCCCAAUGAGCCUCUUCUCCUCCUCCUCCUCCUCCUCCUCCUCCUCAUUCUUUAACAUGUCUCCACGUUUGCCACACAAACCUAGUGGUGGGCUAAGCCUAUCUUCUUCCUCAUCCUCAUCACUCUCUGCCUCAGCACGUCUCCCAAGAGAGUGCCAACCCUUGCGGCGCCUGUGGGAGGGAUGGUGCCUAAUAUGGCGGGCAUCGAUGCCUCCCCGUGCCAGCAACGCCCGUGGGGUGCCUCGUCAGUGGGAGGUCGUCUCCCGCAUCCCGUCACUCCUCUUCUGCCUCCUCCCCAUACUCCUUCAGCAACAUCUCCAUGACAAAUUGCGGCACCUGUGGGAGGGAUGUGCCACUCUCUCCAGGGACGAUGGUGCCCCACGUCGUCGAGAGCCCCACGUUUUCUAA